AUGCGAAUAUCGAUAUUGGUAUCUUUUAGCUUAAGAGCGCAACACAACCACAUAGUCGACACUGUGCACAACAAGAAAGUAUGUCUGAAGAGGUUGGAAAAUAUAUACGGCAAUUGUAUCGCAGGAUGGAAGGUGCAAAGGUUAGCACCCAACACUCUACGGUCAUAGAUAAUUAUACUCCAGCAGAUGCCAACCGUACCAAUAGUAAAAUUUUACCCUCAUUCCAACAAACUGAGGAUGAGAUUGCCGAUCGGGAGUCACUGUCAUGGCCUACGAGCGAGUCUUUAAAGAAAAUUCAGUCCGCAGCAGUGGAUAUUAGGAAGGUCAUUGUAAACAAAUUUCAUUUCUCUUGAAAAUAUUGCAGGAGUCUGCCGUUGAGUAUAAACACGAUACUUUCGAAACCAACAAUUCUGAUCUCGUAAUUGAUCAUUUACGGGGUCUUGCGUACACACUGAAGAAACUGAUGCAGUGUGAGUCGGUUUUAUAUACGACUGUAAACAAGACAAGCACUGACCACAACGCUCGUGCUGGUUUUAAAGCAAAGCCCGUGUUUGAUGAAGGUUCGAUGUGCUUGGCAACUGAAAAAGACUCGGCGACACCUCUGCAUGCACUUAAACCAUUGGGAAAUCCAAGCCUGUGUGAAACGGGCUUUAUAGCAGACAAGCCUACUGCACGGUUUCACUACGCCUAUCCAUUGCUAACGGCCAAAGGCUGUGUCAUUGGGACUUUAUGCUGUGUGAAUGAUGCCCCAGCCGCGUUGAACGACAAGCAAUUGACGGCUAUCAGAAUGUUUGCUAAAUUCUGUAUAGCACAACUGGAACUCCAUCGGGAGUUUCAAAGGAUCGACAGCAGCCCUAUUGAUAGAAGGGCCAGUUUGCUUCAAGAUAUCCAGAAGAAAAUAUCCGGUUUCCUACCGCUAUUGCCAAGCGAGAAUCCCAUUCUGAACCAAUACCUGGAGGAUGUAUCUUCUUCUCAGGAGAUGCAGCGAAUCCUGUCGGAUACAAAGGACUGUACGCUGGUAAUAUCACAGCUUGGCAGGCAGCAAAGUCUCGAACUGGUGAUGUUCUGGCAAAUGUGCGAGAUGUACAGAACGACACCCUGCGUCACACUUCUCCUCGCUGCUGUAGACACUUUUAUAUACCCCGAAGCUACAUUCGAGGUUAAUGUUCAUCAAAGAGAAAGAGAGCCAAUAUUACAAGUAUACAAGAGAGUUUGCAAACUUCUGGAUCAACGCACCGUAAAAGCUAUGAUGGAGGCAGAUACAUUAUGUUCAGUUCAUAUACUGGACAAAAUCCAAACAAGACUUUUCAUCACCCUUCAAAGUAAAGCUAUCGAGCUGCGAUCAGAGCCAGAAUCACAGUCGCCUGAUGGAGUCAAAAGGUGGCUGAGAACUAAUAAGAUGCGCUUGAGUAGGAAGAAACGAAGAAAGCAUAGUACAGACUCAUACACUUGAAUUCAAGUUUCUAUGUCGCCCCCAGAAGUGCCGCUUUCGAUAAAGUCGUUUCCGAUGGAAAUAGCUAGAUCUUUGCACAGAGGACAAGUCAGUGCAUAGCAGUAUCCGUCGCUUCAUUUCGGGGAGAUAUUGAUUGUCUAGUAUAAAAAUCAGUAGCCGAGACGAAUAAUUAAGAGAACUAUGACAAACAUUAGAAGAGCCAACACAACACAAAGAUGUGAAGGCAUUGGUAACAUUAGUAAAUAGUAGUAGAUUUAAAUUUAGCCAGCAGCAGUGUUUGGAUGCGCAUAUUACUACAGUAUAAUAUAUAAAAUAUAAGAUAGCUUAGUUGACCAUAGACGAGAGUGGAUCUGCUCUCAGCGGUCGAUAAUAAUCAAAUCGGUAGCGCCUCCGGCCGUUUGUGCCAUAUUCAAUAUCAAAAUGAAGUAGGAAAUUUGAACUAAAUAAACCGAAACCGGGCAUUCAG